AUGUCCACCACACAAUCGACGCCGGCAACCACUCCAACGCCUCUCAGAACGACAGAAUUUCCACAAACAUCUCCACAACCACAAUCAUAUCCACCAGUGACUGUUCUCACAUCAGAACACAGUCAGUCCACCACACAAUCCACAAUUACCACCACUCCAACGCCACUCACGACCACACAAUCAUCGAUAACUUCUAAACAGACAAAACCACGUGGGCCAGUCACUCAUACCAAAUCACACCACAGAAUGACAACAACACCAUUGACGCACAACACCACUCCAACUCAAAUCAUAUCUACACUAUUUCCGAAAUCAAAUCAAAUACCGCAGACAAAUACAGUGGUUACUCAUUCUAAGAAACCGAAGAGUAAAAACAAAACAAUCUCCAAAAUCACCACCACCACAAUGCCACUCACGACCACACAAUCAUCGAUAACUUCCAAACAGCCAAAACCACGUAAGGCAGUCAAUUAUACCAAAUCACACCACACAAUGUCCACCACACAAUCGACGCCGACAACCACUCCAACGCCUCUCAGAACGACAGAAUUUCCACAAACAUCUCCACAACCACAAUCAUAUCCACCAGUGACUGUUCUCACAUCAGAACACAGUCAGUCCACCACACAAUCCACAAUUACCACCACUCCAACGCCACUCACGACCACACAAUCAUCGAUAACUUCUAAACAGACAAAACCACGUGGGCCAGUCACUCAUACCAAAUCACACCACAGAAUGACAACAACACCAUUGACGCACAACACCACUCCAACUCAAAUCAUAUCUACACUAUUUCCGAAAUCAAAUCAAAUACCGCAGACAAAUACAGUGGUUACUCAUUCUAAGAAACCGAAGAGUAAAAACAAAACAAUCUCCAAAAUCACCACCACCACAAUGCCACUCACGACCACACAAUCAUCGAUAACUUCCAAACAGCCAAAACCACGUAAGGCAGUCAAUUAUACCAAAUCACACCACACAAUGUCCACCACACAAUCGACGCCGACAACCACUCCAACGCCUCUCAGAACGACAGAAUUUCCACAAACAUCUCCACAACCACAAUCAUAUCCACCAGUGACUGUUCUCACAUCAGAACACAGUCAGUCCACCACACAAUCCACAAUUACCACCACUCCAACGCCACUCACGACCACACAAUCAUCGAUAACUUCUAAACAGACAAAACCACGUGGGCCAGUCACUCAUACCAAAUCACACCACAGAAUGACAACAACACCAUUGACGCACAACACCACUCCAACUCAAAUCAUAUCUACACUAUUUCCGAAAUCAAAUCAAAUACCGCAGACAAAUACAGUGGUUACUCAUUCUAAGAAACCGAAGAGUAAAAACAAAACAAUCUCCAAAAUCACCACCACCACAAUGCCACUCACGACCACACAAUCAUCGAUAACUUCCAAACAGCCAAAACCACGUAAGGCAGUCAAUUAUACCAAAUCACACCACACAAUGUCCACCACACAAUCGACGCCGACAACCACUCCAACGCCUCUCAGAACGACAGAAUUUCCACAAACAUCUCCACAACCACAAUCAUAUCCACCAGUGACUGUUCUCACAUCAGAACACAGUCAGUCCACCACACAAUCCACAAUUACCACCACUCCAACGCCACUCACGACCACACAAUCAUCGAUAACUUCCAAACAGCCAAAACCACGUGGGCCAGUCACUCAUACCAAAUCACACCACAGAAUGACAACAACACCAUUGACGCACAACACCACUCCAACUCAAAUCAUAUCUACACUAUUUCCGAAAUCAAAUCAAAUACCGCAGACAAAUACAGUGGUUACUCAUUCUAAGAAACCGAAGAGUAAAAACAAAACAAUCUCCAAAAUCACCACCACCACAAUGCCACUCACGACCACACAAUCAUCGAUAACUUCCAAACAGCCAAAACCACGUAAGGCAGUCAAUUAUACCAAAUCACACCACACAAUGUCCACCACACAAUCGACGCCGACAACCACUCCAACGCCUCUCAGAACGACAGAAUUUCCACAAACAUCUCCACAACCACAAUCAUAUCCACCAGUGACUGUUCUCACAUCAGAACACAGUCAGUCCACCACACAAUCCACAAUUACCACCACUCCAACGCCACUCACGACCACACAAUCAUCGAUAACUUCUAAACAGACAAAACCACGUGGGCCAGUCACUCAUACCAAAUCACACCACAGAAUGACAACAACACCAUUGACGCACAACACCACUCCAACUCAAAUCAUAUCUACACUAUUUCCGAAAUCAAAUCAAAUACCGCAGACAAAUACAGUGGUUACUCAUUCUAAGAAACCGAAGAGUAAAAACAAAACAAUCUCCAAAAUCACCACCACCACAAUGCCACUCACGACCACACAAUCAUCGAUAACUUCCAAACAGCCAAAACCACGUAAGGCAGUCAAUUAUAUCAAAUCACACCACACAAUGUCCACCACACAAUCGACGCCGACAACCACUCCAACGCCUCUCAGAACGACAGAAUUUCCACAAACAUCUCCACAACCACAAUCAUAUCCACCAGUGACUGUUCUCACAUCAGAACACAGUCAGUCCACCACACAAUCCACAAUUACCACCACUCCAACGCCACUCACGACCACACAAUCAUCGAUAACUUCUAAACAGACAAAACCACGUGGGCCAGUCACUCAUACCAAAUCACACCACAGAAUGACAACAACACCAUUGACGCACAACACCACUCCAACUCAAAUCAUAUCUACACUAUUUCCGAAAUCAAAUCAAAUACCGCAGACAAAUACAGUGGUUACUCAUUCUAAGAAACCGAAGAGUAAAAACAAAACAAUCUCCAAAAUCACCACCACCACAAUGCCACUCACGACCACACAAUCAUCGAUAACUUCCAAACAGCCAAAACCACGUAAGGCAGUCAAUUAUACCAAAUCACACCACACAAUGUCCACCACACAAUCGACGCCGACAACCACUCCAACGCCUCUCAGAACGACAGAAUUUCCACAAACAUCUCCACAACCACAAUCAUAUCCACCAGUGACUGUUCUCACAUCAGAACACAGUCAGUCCACCACACAAUCCACAAUUACCACCACUCCAACGCCACUCACGACCACACAAUCAUCGAUAACUUCUAAACAGACAAAACCACGUGGGCCAGUCACUCAUACCAAAUCACACCACAGAAUGACAACAACACCAUUGACGCACAACACCACUCCAACUCAAAUCAUAUCUACACUAUUUCCGAAAUCAAAUCAAAUACCGCAGACAAAUACAGUGGUUACUCAUUCUAAGAAACCGAAGAGUAAAAACAAAACAAUCUCCAAAAUCACCACCACCACAAUGCCACUCACGACCACACAAUCAUCGAUAACUUCCAAACAGCCAAAACCACGUAAGGCAGUCAAUUAUACCAAAUCACACCACACAAUGUCCACCACACAAUCGACGCCGACAACCACUCCAACGCCUCUCAGAACGACAGAAUUUCCACAAACAUCUCCACAACCACAAUCAUAUCCACCAGUGACUGUUCUCACAUCAGAACACAGUCAGUCCACCACACAAUCCACAAUUACCACCACUCCAACGCCACUCACGACCACACAAUCAUCGAUAACUUCUAAACAGACAAAACCACGUGGGCCAGUCACUCAUACCAAAUCACACCACAGAAUGACAACAACACCAUUGACGCACAACACCACUCCAACUCAAAUCAUAUCUACACUAUUUCCGAAAUCAAAUCAAAUACCGCAGACAAAUACAGUGGUUACUCAUUCUAAGAAACCGAAGAGUAAAAACAAAACAAUCUCCAAAAUCACCACCACCACAAUGCCACUCACGACCACACAAUCAUCGAUAACUUCCAAACAGCCAAAACCACGUAAGGCAGUCAAUUAUACCAAAUCACACCACACAAUGUCCACCACACAAUCGACGCCGACAACCACUCCAACGCCUCUCAGAACGACAGAAUUUCCACAAACAUCUCCACAACCACAAUCAUAUCCACCAGUGACUGUUCUCACAUCAGAACACAGUCAGUCCACCACACAAUCCACAAUUACCACCACUCCAACGCCACUCACGACCACACAAUCAUCGAUAACUUCUAAACAGACAAAACCACGUGGGCCAGUCACUCAUACCAAAUCACACCACAGAAUGACAACAACACCAUUGACGCACAACACCACUCCAACUCAAAUCAUAUCUACACUAUUUCCGAAAUCAAAUCAAAUACCGCAGACAAAUACAGUGGUUACUCAUUCUAAGAAACCGAAGAGUAAAAACAAAACAAUCUCCAAAAUCACCACCACCACAAUGCCACUCACGACCACACAAUCAUCGAUAACUUCCAAACAGCCAAAACCACGUAAGGCAGUCAAUUAUACCAAAUCACACCACACAAUGUCCACCACACAAUCGACGCCGACAACCACUCCAACGCCUCUCAGAACGACAGAAUUUCCACAAACAUCUCCACAACCACAAUCAUAUCCACCAGUGACUGUUCUCACAUCAGAACACAGUCAGUCCACCACACAAUCCACAAUUACCACCACUCCAACGCCACUCACGACCACACAAUCAUCGAUAACUUCUAAACAGACAAAACCACGUGGGCCAGUCACUCAUACCAAAUCACACCACAGAAUGACAACAACACCAUUGACGCACAACACCACUCCAACUCAAAUCAUAUCUACACUAUUUCCGAAAUCAAAUCAAAUACCGCAGACAAAUACAGUGGUUACUCAUUCUAAGAAACCGAAGAGUAAAAACAAAACAAUCUCCAAAAUCACCACCACCACAAUGCCACUCACGACCACACAAUCAUCGAUAACUUCCAAACAGCCAAAACCACGUAAGGCAGUCAAUUAUACCAAAUCACACCACACAAUGUCCACCACACAAUCGACGCCGGCAACCACUCCAACGCCUCUCAGAACGACAGAAUUUCCACAAACAUCUCCACAACCACAAUCAUAUCCACCAGUGACUGUUCUCACAUCAGAACACAGUCAGUCCACCACACAAUCCACAAUUACCACCACUCCAACGCCACUCACGACCACACAAUCAUCGAUAACUUCCAAACCGUCAAGUGGACGUGGGUUAGUCACUCAUACGAAAUCGUACCACACAAUGUCCACCACACAAUCGACGCCGACAACCACUCCAACGCCUCUCAGAACGACAGAAUUUCCACAAACAUCUCCACAACCACAAUCAUAUCCACCAGUGUCUGUUCUCACAUCAGAACACAGUCAGUCCACCACACAAUCCACAAUUACCACCACUCCAACGCCACUCACGACCACACAAUCAUCGAUAACUUCCAAACCGUCAAGUGGACGUGGGUUAGUCACUCAUACCAAAUCAUACCACACAAUGUCCACCACACAAUCGACGCCGACAACCACUCCAACGCCUCUCAGAACGACAGAAUUUCCACAAACAUCUCCACAACCACAAUCAUAUCCACCAGUGACUGUUCUCACAUCAGAACACAGUCAGUCCACCACACAAUCCACAAUUACCACCACUCCAACGCCACUCACGACCACACAAUCUUCGAUAACUUCUAAACAGCCAAAUCCACGAGGGCUAGUCGCUGAUACGAAAUGA